UCGAUUACCUAUACGUCACAACAUUACAUUUUGAAUUUGAACACAUAGAUAACUAUAUAUAUAUAUAUCUAUAUAUAUUUACAUGUCUAUAUACCCAUAUACCCAUAUACCUAUAUCUCUAUAUCUCUACCUCCUAGAUUUAUUCACAAUGAAGAAAGUUUUAUGAUAUACAGAUUCUUUAUGCUUGACUUACACAAACCUUUCAUUCUACGUUUCCUCGUGUAAAGCUUCUAUCAAGGUCCUAAAUUCACCCCACCAAAGCAACCUGGCACUACCGCACUACCGCAUUAGCUAGCUGCCAGUGCUACGACACAGCCUUCUAACCCUCAGCCCUUUAGCUUUCUAGCCUUCCCGCCUUCCCGCCUUCCCGAGCACACGACAAAUCUGCCUAGUCUACAAUUUAUCAAAAAGCCUACUAGGUAUACUAGGUAGCUGUGGCUAUUUAAUCCCAGAGCUUUCCUCUGGAAAACUCUUCUCCAAGAGGAAAUCUGAUUCACAUAUUUCAAACAAUCACCAUGGCCGACCCUAAUCUCAAGCAAAGGCAUAAGGCUUCAGCUAUGCCAGCACCAGUACCAGAUUUUGGAGGAGGAACUAAAGAAAAGGCCAUUGGAGACCAUCCUUCUGGUGAAGUUAGACAUGGAUUUGUCGCACAAGUUUGCCGGUUGUUAAGCUUCGCGACUUAUUUCUGGGCUGCUUGUUCUACGUAAGUUGCCCUGCUUGAGCUCCGAGAUUCUUUACUGACCCAUACAAGGAUCCAAGCUACCCAACUGAUCGGCAUACCUUUGUACUGGAUAAAUCGAGAUAUAUACUAUUCAUGGAUGGCACUCACGAAACAAUCCUUCGGCCUUGUAAUAACGACUAUGACACAAUGGUGGAGUCCAACAGUGGUCAGAAUAAGUGGUGAUGCUUCGAUAGCGGGGCAAUUGCGGAAAACUGCCGAUGGGAGAGCAGAAUGCCAUUUCCCAGAGAGAUUGAUUUUGAUCGCGAAUCAUCAGGUAUGCACAAGUUUGCAGCGAGGAAUCUUCAUGAGACUGAUGUUUUACAGCUUUAUACAGAUUGGCUCUACCUCUGGUGGGUAGCUUAUACUAAUCAGCCUCAAACACAUGGUUAUAUUUAUAUUAUUGCAAAAAGCUCUCUCAAAUGGGUUCCGAUCAUUGGUUGGGGAAUGCAGUUUUAUAAUUUUAUAUUCAUGUCGAGAAAAAUGGAAAAAGACCGACCAGUAAUGGCCCAUAGAUUCAAGCAACUUCAAGAGAAACGGCCAGGGGCUUUGGAACUCGAUCCCAUGUGGCUUCUAUUGUUCCCCGAGGGUACGAAUGCAAGCGACAACAGAAGGGAGGCGAGUGCAAGAUGGGCAGAGAAGAUAGGUGUUAAGGAUAUGGAACAUGUUCUCCUUCCAAGGAGUACUGGUUUAUUUUUUUCUUUGAACGAGUUAAAGAAAACGGUCGACUAUGUAUACGAUUGUACAAUGGCUUAUGAAGGUGUUCCGUAUGUACUACCUACCCCCUCAAAGCAACACAGUUUAUUCUAAUCAUUUCUAGGAGAGGGAAGUUUGGCCAGGAUUACUUUACUUUAACCUCAUCAUACAUCGAGGGACGGCCACCAAAAUCAGUGAACCUCUAUUGGCGUAGAUUCAAAAUCGCCGAUAUACCGUUGGAUAAUGCCGAAAAAUUUGAAGUAUGGCUGCGAGAUAGGUGGUAUGAGAAGGAUGCUUUGAUGGAGCAAUACAUGGUUACUGGUCGAUUUCCACCUAACGUGACUUCAAAAGAGGGGACUGUGGAGGAGUUUAUUGAGACCGAGGUUAAACCAAAGCAUUGGUGGGAAGUUUUCAAUAUCUUUAUUGUUUUGGCGACUGUGGGGCUAGUUGCGAAUCUAUUCACCAAGGCUUGGAAUUUGGCCUUGUACGGUAGCACUAGGAAGUGAAGUCAAGUGCGUACCAGGUAAUUAGGAAGGAAGGGAUCUUGGUCUACAUAGGAAUGAGGGUUAUUGCUAGGCAUACGAAUGUAUAUGGAUGGACAGCACAGUAUGGAUUAUUAAUGUCUUAUGAGCGAGGGGUGUUAUAGGGUAAAGGCGGGCUGGUCGGCAUUUUUCAUAUCAGACAUCUCAUCUCUCCUUUUAUGCGAAAUACCCAGAUGGAUUAGCGGUUAGGUCAUAACGCGGGCUUAGGGGAGAAAGAAUGGAUAUUCCUACCUUUAGCGAGAACAUUUUUUUUGUGAUUCGUAUAUAGGAUACGCAUGUGUAGAAGAGUUUUCCUAUACUUUAUUAUACAGUAUCAUCUCAUCGUUCUCCAUCA